CUGUGCGUCUGUUCUGUGGCUGUAGAAGGGGAUCCCAGCGGCACAUUGCCGCUAUUAGAAGCUCAGGCUCUCGGAAGACCAAACAGAAAAAUAUAUUUCUUGCUUACAGUUUUUUUUUUGCAUCAGUAUCCGCACACAGCAGUGCGAUGCGGUAGGUCAUGUAGACCGAGCAUUUUUUUUAUUUACUUUGAUUUUUAUUUUUUUUUACUUUGCGGGAUAGAAACUCUCUGAUCCUGCGGCGUUUCAUUCAUAUCUUUUGCGACUUUGGCCAAGAGCGAACUUCACAAACUCACUAAAUUAUAUAACACCGCAGAAGUGAAUUCACCAUGAGACCCGUCAAGAGGUUUGAAGGCUUACAGGACGCUUCAGACUCCAAAGGCGCAGGAGAGUCUGAAGAAGAACAGGAGAUCCUCACUGGUGGAGAUUUACAACACGCAGCGAUGACGCAUGACGUCGAGCAGAGUAUAUGUCAGGCGCGGGCCGCUGUCAUGGUGUAUGACGACGCCAACAAGAAAUGGGUUCCGGCCGGUGGAUCCACGGGCUUCAGUAGAGUCCACAUCUAUCACCACACGGGCAAUAACGCCUUCAGAGUAGUGGGCCGUAAGAUUCAGGACCACCAGGUGGUAAUAAACUGUGCCAUUCCCAAGGGGCUGAAAUACAACCAGGCCACACAAACCUUUCACCAGUGGCGAGAUGCACGGCAGGUCUACGGUCUUAACUUCGGCAGCAAAGAGGAUGCCAAUGUAUUUGCCAGUGCCAUGAUGCAUGCCCUGGAGGUGCUGAACUCUCAGGAUGCAGGCCCCCCGAUGCCAAGACAGACCCCUCAGGUGCAGAAUGGCCCAACACCAGAAGAACUGGAAAUGCAGAGAAGACAGCUGCAAGAGCUCCAGCGUCAGAAGGAGCAGGAGCGGGAACGCCUUGAGCGCGAGCGGCAGGAGCGGGAACGUCUGGAGCGAGAGAUGCUGGAGCGGGAACGCAUCGAGAGAGAACGCCAGGAACGGGAGCGUCAGGAGAGGGAGCGGUUGGAGAGGGAACGUGCUGAGCAGGAGCGUCUGGAGCGGGAACGUCAGGAGCAGCUGGAGCGGGAACGGCAAGAACGCCUCGAACGAGAGCGCGCCGAGCGCGAGAUGAUGGAGAGAGAGCGUGCUGAGAGAGAAAAGCAGGAGCAGCUGGACAGAGAGCAGAUGGACUGGGAAAGAGGGAGACGCAUCUCCAACGCUGCAUUUGAAAGCACCCUCCACACAUCCCAGACCACCUCCUCGUCACCUGGGUCUCCCUCCACACCCAACUACCCUCCACCAACGCAAUCGCCCUCCACGGCCACUCCUCCUACUCCUCCCAUGCGUCACUCGGCUUCCAGAUUCGCCACUUCGCUAGGCUCCGCCUUCCACCCGGUCCUGCCACAUUACGCCACAGUCCCUCGCAGGCAACCGGCCGCACCCACGCCGCUGGCCCCUGCCCCGGGCCCUCCUCCUCCAGCUCCCCCUUGCAAAUCUGUGGUCUGGACGGCCAGUAAUUUCACUCCCCUACCGCCUUCUCCUCCGGUCAUGAUCAGCAGUCCACCCGGCAAGGCCACGGGUCCUCGCCCGGUCAUCGCAAUUCCGGCCCCGCUCUCCCAGAAACCCCCCUCGCCCAUUACGGCACCCAAUGGACCCCCUUCAUCACUUCACUUCCACGCCUCACCUCCAGUCUCGGCCUUCCCUGCCUCUGCUGAGCACUCUGUAAACUCUGGGUUGGGAGACUCCUGCUUUUCCGCUCCAGAGCUGCCUGCUGAUAUCCCCAGCCAGCCGGAUUCUGUACAAGGGACCCCCACCCCUCCACCUCCCCCACCCCUUCCUCCCGGCUCCACUGUGACCCCCACCACUGCCGGACCACCGCCACCCCCUGGCCCUCCUCCUCCUCCCCCGCCACCACUGCCCCCCACGCUUACCCCAACAGGACCUCCACCACCCCCCGGCCCACCACCUCCACCCUCAGGCCAGGCACCGCCACCAGCACCACCUCCUCCUCCUGCCCCACCCUUGCCCUCGGGUUUCCUUACCCCCUCACCCACCACAGACGAGAGCAAGGGUCUGUCUGGGCUAGCAGCCGCCCUUGCUGGAGCCAAGCUACGGAAAGUGCCAAGGACCGAUGAGCCUCCAACUCCACCUGUUGCAAGUUCUGGUGGUGCCAAGCCCGAGGCAGCCCGUGGAAAUGGCCCUUUACCUGGAGGAGGAGGUUUAAUGGAGGAGAUGAGCGCCCUGCUGGCCAGGAGGAGAAGAAUUGCUGAGAAGGGAUCAUCACCAGAGCCUGAGCAGAAAUCAGAUGAAAUUGAGGCAACCAUAACUCCAAAAGUCUCAGCCUGUAGCACACCAGACAUGCCCAGAAAGCCUUGGGAGAGAACAAACACGAUGAACGGUAGCAAAUCACCUGUCAUCGGAAGACGGGACGCACCAUGGAGAAAUCAGAUGAGUACUGAAAAGUACUGUGAUUCCUUAAACAGACCAAGGUCUACACCAACUCCUACUGGAUCCAUAAGUGCCAAUGGGGUGCCAACAGAAGCUUUAGACUAUGACAGAUUGAAACAGGACAUUCUAGAGGAGAUGAGAAAGGAAUUAUCAAAGCUGAAAGAAGAGCUUAUUGAUGCAAUCAGGGAGGAGUUGGGCAAGUCAAGCUCUGCAUAGGACGAUGAGACGCAUCUGUAUUUUUACCCACGAGAUCAGCUUCGGUUUAAGACACUAUCUAAAAAGCAAUGAAAACGGACAUUUACAGUUUUAACCAGUGGUGAUCACAAUAACCAUGUUAAUUCGAAAGAUCUGUUGAGGGUGAUGCCAGACAGACACAAUUUUGAGCGUGGGGUCAAGGGGGAAGAUCGGCGAGCGGAAGCCGAGAUGCCUCAAAGCAACGGCGUACCCCCAAAGCCUCGUUUUGGGGGUCAGGACACAGUCUUAAGGAAGUGACUGUCAAUAUGCAAUGGAUGACUCUUACUGUGGAAUGAACCUAGAAGAUGGAAAAAUACACAAACUAUUACCAAACUACAUACUGUAUUAACCAUCGAAGAGUGAAAUUGUAAAUCAAGCAGAUGACAUUCAUUCUAUGGCACAUUGUUUAGCAAAGGGCAGGCUUUGUAGUUUCUGAAUUUUUUUAAAAGGUGGUGGUUAUGAAGAAAUGUUAAUUCAGUUGGCCUUUGUAUAAGAGUUGAAUUUUGAUCUCUGGCCAACCAAAUGAGUAUGGUCUAUUGCUGCAGGACUCUAAAGCUUGUCUUCCUAAUACUAUUUUAACCACAAUAUGUACAUUAAAAUGAAUAAACAUUAUACCUUCAUUCAAUCAAUCUGUACAUCAAGAUCACAUCAGGUAGCUUAUUCGCUCUUCUGGUCGAUUGUCAUUAUAAUUCAGACUGAAUGCUCUGGUGAGCCACUGUUAGACGUAUACCUUUUUUUUUGUCUUUUGUGUUCACUAACUGUUUGGGAAGAUAACAAGGGACAAUGCCUUUGUACUGUACAUCUUGGUAGCUCGUACCAAAAUCCUCCGUCAAGGUUGACGCCAUCGUCGACGCCAUCGUCGACUGGACCGUAUCUGUAGAUAGCGCUAACCAGAAACAUUACCAACUUUUUACUCACCAUAUGCUCUUUCGUAUUCUUUUCGAUUUCGGUGCAUGUCUUCUUAUUAACGCUAAGGGAAAACGGUUGCCACGAAAAAGUUUUUAGUUCGUAAGCAAUAAGUGUAGCAUUGUUACAUAUUUUCCCACUACGUUUUUUUUUUCUUUGAAACAUCCACUCUGCCCUCAAACUGUAGAUUAGGUUCUCCAUACAACCCUCGUAGUGCAUUGCGUAGAAUGAGACACCUCUUUAUAGCCAUAAUUAAAUUUGCAGGGGUAUGACAUUUCACAUACUUUAUUUUAGGAUUUGGUGAUGCAAAACAUCAUGUAUGGGAUCUCAUUCUGCUUUGCACCAGUAUGCAGCAACUAAACAAAUAAGAAGUAUUUAAUGAGGGCCAAGCAGCACAUUACAGAGAGGUUUGUGGCGUUAUAAAUGGUUUGGGGAUUUUUUUGUCCAUUCAUGUAUUGUUUAUUUUCGCAUUGACCUUAUUCUGCACACUGGAAGGCUUUCUGCUGUUUGUAUCCGACAUAUGCUUCUGUUAGGGCAUUUUUUUAUGGGGAAUGUGCUUUUUAAGAUCGAAAUCUUUGUACAAACGUGAGAAGUGUGAUUUUAGGCUGUGAAUUUUAAGGAGAAAAUUUGAAAACGUGGUUUGGAUCUCUCCCCACCCCAUGCCAUGGUUGGAUCUGCUCACUUAUCAAUCCUAUCAUACUUAUAUGCAGUUCAAAACGGUUUUCCUCUUUUGCCAUGACUCGAACUAAUCUCUCAAGGAAUCAGAAAGUUUGUAUGGAGUGUUUACAGCAUUGAUUGCACUUUAAAAACCCAUAGACGUUCAAAUUAUUAUAAUGCUGACAAGACAGCCGUCACUUUGUGAAUAUCACCAAAGCUAAACAGUAAGGUAAUCUAAUAGAUCAUCACACUUUUCUGAUCCACCUUUUGUUUUGACAACAAGCGACUUUUGUUGGUCCUUAGGUUAAGCUGGCGAAAUGUUUUGAUCAGGGUUAAUUCAUUCCUGGAUAAACCUGUUUGUGAUUCUCAUGGUUUGUGCCUUGUUCGGAAGUUGCAUUUGAUAUGUCAAAUUUUAAAGCGUAUAUAUAUAGAGAGAGUAUUCAUUUAGGGCCUGCCAUAACUUUUGAUUGUUUUGCAUUUUCAGUGAGUUACAAAGCUUUUAUGAUCUUUGUUUAAAACAAAACAUGCAUUCUCAUUCUUCUGCAUCAUUUUCCGUUGCAAUUUCGGUGUGGUUUUGUUAUGGUUAAGACCAUGUAUGCUGGUGAGAUCGGAGAAACUGAUCUCUGUCGUGGUGAGAAUCGGUUGAAUAAUGUUGUCAACAUGUUGGGACAGUGCUGGUCAUAUUCAACUGGAUGUCCUUUAAAAUACAAUUUUCAGUUUCUUUAUCUUUCUAUUUUAUCAUUCACGUUGUACCAUACUGUUUUCAUGUUAAUUAGAAGUUUCUUACAUGCUAACAUUGUUUUGUUUGAGCAAAUUAAAUAAAAAUUGCAAUACA